UCAUCAUAUCAUUAAAAACCCAUUAAACCGAGUGGUACUAUAAAUAGAGACGAAAGGUUCUUUCUUUCUUAAAGGUCUCUUCUUCCUCCGACUCUGUCUCCAACAACUUCCUUCUCUCCCUCUCUACUAACCGAGUCAUCACCAUGGCCAAGAAGAAGAACAACAGCAACAGCGAGAAAAAAGGAGACGGUGGGGGCGAUAAGAAAACGCCGUGUAUCACCGUCGUUUUGAAGGUCGAUAUGCAUUGCGAUGGCUGCGCUUCCAAAAUCGUCAAAUGCCUCCGUUCCUUCAAAGGCGUUGAGACGGUGAAAACAGAGUCAGAGAGUGGGAAGCUAACGGUGACGGGAGAAGUAGAUCCGGCUAAACUCCGGGAGACACUAGCAGAGAAGACAAAGAAGAAAGUCGAGCUGGUUUCUCCUCAGCCCAAAAAGGAGAAUAAGAACAAAAGCGAUGAUGACAAAAACAAAGAAAAGAAAUCAUCUGACGAGAAGAAACCCAAAGAGGCUCCGGUGACAACGGUGGUGUUGAAGCUGAACUUCCACUGUGACGGUUGUGUCGCUAACAUCCAAAAGACUGUCACUAAAACCAAAGGUGUGCACGGGAUGACAAUGGAGAAAGAGAAGCAGUUGGUGACGGUUAAAGGAACAAUGGAUGUGAAGAAGCUGGUGGAGAGUUUGUCGGAGAAGCUGAAACGUCCGGUGGAGAUCGUGCCGCCGAAGAAGGAUAAAGACAAAGAGAAUGGGUCUGGCGAUAAGAAGAAAGGCGGCGGGGAGGGGGUGAAUAUGAUGGAGUACGUGGCGGCUCAGCCUUACUACGAGUCAGCGUAUUACCCGGGUGGGCCAUAUGGAUAUUAUCCGGUUCAGGCCCACGCGCCUCAGAUGUUCAGUGAUGAGAAUCCGAAUGCUUGCGUCGUUAUGUGAUGGUAGACUUGUAAAUAUGCUUUUAAUCUUUGGGGUAUUUUCGGGAAAGACGAGUACUUUUGUUUAACUCUUUUUUGGUUUUCUACUAUAGUUUCGGUUUUGAAAUUUUCCUUUUUCUUAUGACCGGUUUAGUUAAGUUAAAAAUAAAUAUGCAAAUACUUCCUACGGUUAAGAAUAUUAUUACUUUUGUUCCUA